AUGGGAAAAAUGCAAAAAUGGGAGAUAACGCAAAUAUGGGAAAAACGCAAAUAUGGAGAAAAACGCAAAUAUGGGGAAAAACGCAAAUAUGGGAAAAAACGCAAACAUGGGGAAAAACGCAAACAUGGGGAAAAACGCAAACAUGGGGAAAAACGCAAACAUGGGGAAAAACGCAAAAAUGGGGAAAAACGCAAACAUGGGGAAAAACGCAAACAUGGGGAAAAACGCAAACAUGGGGAAAAACGCAAAUAUGGGGAAAAACGAAAAUAUGGGGAGAAACGCAAAUAUGGGGAAAAACGCAAAUAUAGGGAAAAUCGCAAAUAUGGGGAAAAACGCAAAUAUGGGGAAAAACGCAAAUAUGGGGAAAAACGCAAAUAUGGGGAAAAACGCAAAUAUGGGAAAAAACGCAAAUAUGGGAAAAAACGCAAAUAUGGGGAAAAACGCAAAUAUGGGGAAAACCACAAAUAUGGGGAAAACCGCAAAUAUUUGAAAACCGCAAAUAUGGGAAAAACGCAAAUAUGGGAAAAAAUGCAAAUAUGGGAAAAACGCAAAUAUGGGAAAAACGCAAAUAUGGGAAAAACGCAAAUAUGGGAAAAACGCAAAUAUGGGAAAAACGCAAAUAUGGGAAAAACGCAAAUAUGGGAAAAAACGCAAAUAUGGGAAAAAACGCAAAUAUGGGAAAAACGCAAAUAUGGCAAAAACGCAAAUAUGGCAAAAACGCAAAUAUGGCAAAAACGCAAAUAUGGCAAAAACGCAAAUAUGGCAAAAACGCAAAUAUGGGAAAAACGCAAAUAUGGGAAACACGCAAAUAUGGGAAAAACGCAACUAUGGGAAAAAAGCAACUAUGAGAAAAACGCAAAUAUGGGAAAAUCGCAAAAAUGGGAAAAUCGCAAAUACGGGAAAAACGCAAAUACGGCAAAAACGCACAUAUGGCAAAAACGCAAAUUUGGCAAAAACGAAAAUAUGGCAAAAACGCAAAUAUGGCAAAAACGCAAAUAUGGCAAAAACGCAAAUAUGUGA